UGAAAGAGCCGCUAUUCUUUGAUGAUUGGGUAGCGGCAAACUUCAAAGCCAUAAAUCUUCCUUCUGACUGGCUGGCGGCCCAGUAAAGUCCUUAUCAAAUUCUUGGAGGUGAUCCUGGUGCAGACAGUCCGCGGAGAUCGCGCUGCGCUCGGGCUGUCUGUCUAGAUUGGUGGGAUCGGCGAAGAUAAAGAAAUUCGAAAACGGAGAAGGGGGGGAGAGAAAGAAGGAAACGGGGCAGUUUUUCGGCUUCCCCUUGGAGACUCCAUGCCGCGGCAUUGCUCUCCUGGCCUCUUCUCCCUCCGGACGCGGUAGCCAUGGCCGCAGUGGCCGUCCUCCGGAAAGAUUCUCUGCAAGCGUUUCUUCAGGAUCGCACUCCGAGCGCCUCGCCUGACGUGGCCAAGCACUCGCCUCUGGCUCUCCUGGCCGCCACCUGUAGCCGGAUUGGGCAGCCAGGUACGGCGGGCGCCCCCUCGGAUUUCCUGCAGGUGUCCUACGAGCCGAGCUUGGGCUCAUCGUCCAGGAUCUUCCACCCGUGGAGCAGCGAGAUGCCGGCCCACUCCCCGGGCAGCCUGCCCCCGCCGCCGCCAAGCCUCGGACUCACAUCGCAGCCGGCCUUCGGGGGCGGCCAUGAACUACCGUUGACGCCCCCGGCAGACCCGUCCUACCCCUACGAGUUCUCGCCCGUCAAGAUGCUGCCGCCUUCCAUGGGCGCGCUCUCCUCCAGUUGCCCGCCGCCGGCCUACGUGCCCUACGCCGCCCAAGCGGCUCUCCCGCCCGGCUACUCCAACCUUCUGCCCCCGCCGCCAGCGCCUCCGCCCUGCAGGCAGCUCUCGCCGGGGCCCGAGGACAUCCCUUGGUGGAGCAUCCAGCAGGCGGCAUCGGGGCCGGGCGGCUGCGCACAUCGCUUCGCGGCAGCAGGCGGCCUCCAGCGCAGACUGGUGUUGGCGCCCUCCGAGCUGGCGCAAUACCAGACGCAGCUGGCCGCGCUGCUGCACCCCAAGGCGCCCCUGGCGGCCUCGGCCAGGAGGUGCCGGCGCUGCCGUUGCCCCAAUUGCCAGGCGGCCGCUGGUAGCGGCCCCGACGCCACAGCGGAGCCCGGCAAGAAGAAGCUGCACGUGUGCCACAUCCCCGGCUGCGGCAAGGUCUACGGCAAGACGUCGCACCUCAAGGCGCACCUGCGCUGGCACACGGGCGAGCGGCCCUUCGUGUGCAACUGGCUCUUCUGCGGCAAGAGCUUCACGCGCUCCGACGAGCUCCAGCGGCACUUGCGGACUCACACCGGCGAGAAGCGCUUCGGCUGUGCCGAGUGCGGCAAGCGCUUCAUGCGGAGCGACCACCUGGCCAAGCACGUCAAGACGCACCAGAACAAGCGGCUCAAAGCCGGCGUGGGGAGCAAUGGACACGCUUGCGCCGUCAAAAGGGAGGAGCCAAGGGACAUGUGACUUUUCCUGCAGCGCCGUUCCCCAGUUUGGGCAUGGGUAUGGGGGGGGGGUCAUACCGGGCCUCGGAUUAACCCCGCGCCUAGCAGGAUCCCCUCUCAGUCUCCACCUUUCAGAUUUCGGAUCUAGAUUCUUGGGGGGCUUUUUGCAGCAAACUGGUUCUCUCGUCGAGAAGAGUCUGGGAAAUCCCAGUUUUCCGAAUAUAAGACGUAGACAUUUCUGGGAGAAAUUUGCCCAUACUUGAAAGCCGUUUGAGAAGGAACCCUAGGCUUGUAAUGGAUUUUCAUGGAGCAGUUGGAGCAGAAUCUCUUAUCAAAUCUAAUACCUAUAUGCCUCCAGGGACGCUGGCGAUUUGAAUCCUCAGCCUGGGAGAUUCCGGCCUUUGGGGCUAGAUGCUUUAACAUACUUGGUGAUUAUCCUUGGCCAUGAGCAGAAGUGGAGUAACGAAGCCUUACUGUAGGCUAGUCUUAAAGAGAUUUGGCCUGUGCUCUGUGGAUUUGAAACGGGCAUUCAAUAAACAGUCUCUCCCCCUCCGUCUGGAUUUUUUAUUUGUUUUAUUCCUCUAGAGUAAAGAUACUCCCAGAUGCAUCACGUAUGAGGUUGCCCCAAAGGAUGAGGACUACAGUGCCAGGUGUUUGCAGCAAUUAUUUGGACUAGUGGGUGGACCUCAGCUCAGUUUGGAAACAUCUGGUCAAAGUGGGCUGGAUUACUAUUUUAAAUGGAAACAACUGCAGCAUUAGCCUGGCUAUGGAGGGUCUGACUCCAUGUUGUUAUAAUUUUAUGCCUUUCUUCAAGGGAAAAGACCAACCUUUUGUGUACAGCUUAUUUAAUAGCUUUGUUUGAUAAAAAUGCCCCCCACUCCUUGUCCUUGGCUCCAUAUGGGGGCUACAGCAUGAGAUGUGUCUGUAAAGCGACCUGCAACGGCAGUGUGAAAAUAAAUACAUUAACACUGGGGUCAUAGCGAGAAGAUCCCACUGA